AAAAAAAAAGUAAACAAAAAAAUCUUGGUAAAUCUAGUCAUGGAUUCUUUGGAAAAAAUAAGUGAUUUAUUAAAAUCCUGUCUUCUACCAGAACUUCAACUUGAUCUGGACAGCAUUCCCAUUGAAAGAGAACAUUUUAAAACAUAUCACGAUGGUUUGAAAAUACAAUUACCACUAUUGUACGAUUGGAUACAACAGCAGCCAAAUAAUUUAGUAUGGAAUGAUGAAGCAACUGAAAUAACCAAACAGGAGAUACAAGCUUGUCUAAUUGUGCUCCUGUGUGAAAUCAGUUUUCCUAAUUCAAUUUUUCAAUUAAAUCAAACAGAAUUGAUUUUGAAUGCCGAAAGAAUUUUAGAAAACACGCGUGAAUUGUCAAAAGAGGUAGAGGAAUUGAUAAUUAAAUAUUAUGAGGAGAAAUUACAUAAAGAUAAAUGGAAAAGACAAUUGGGAGCUGUUCAUGGUUUUGUGAAAUAUUUAGAGUUUCGAUUUUACCAUGCUCAGGACCGCAAAAAAUGUAUAAGCCAAAAAUUCCUUACAUUUUGCUUAUCAGUAGCUUUAAAUAUCAGAUCCUGCUAUGAGACCCAUUAUAAAACCUUAAGUACAUCAAUAUUUUUAAUUAUGCUGAAUAGAGGGGCUAAUGAUGAUAUUAUUUCCAUGAAUAUACAUGGUGUUAUUUAUGAUGCUGUCUUCAAAGAUAUUCAUAUUAUGGAUGCAAUACAUUUUAUUGUUAAACAAUGGAAUUGUUUAAUAAAAUGUUUGGACUUUUACAAAAAUUUCGAUAGUUUUACGUGGAACUAUUUAGAUGAUAUGAUGGAAGUGUUAUUACGUAAUAUAUCACUAGCCCCAGAUAGUGCAACCUCCAUGUGUCUUCUUAAGUUUGUAAAUAAAUUAAUUGUAUAUUUUACAAUAAAUCACAAAGAAUUUGAGGAAUUUUUUGAUAAAGAUUUAACGCAAGUGGAAAAUUUUAAUGAAUAUCGUUCAUUAAGCAGCACAAAUACCAGUUAUACUUGUUAUAGAUGGGCUAAAAGUAUAUUACAAAUGUUUAUCAUAGAAUCACACAAAUUAAUGCAAACAACAGAAAACGCCAAGCAACUUCUACAGGAAAUGCAUAAAAUCUAUAUAAUGGCAAUAUUACCCAUAAGGUUAUCUAUAAUAGAACCUCAUUUAGUAAUAUUCUUGAAGAAAUUCAUGGCUGUAUUAAUGGAAACGAUUAAAGUACAUAAACAUCAAAACGACAUAGUGCCGGUCAUUACUUCAUUACUGGAAACUUUUUAUUUUCAUCUACAAAAUUCGGAUGACUCCAAGGAACUAAACAAAUUUAAACAAAAUAUUUAUGGACUAUUAAAAAGUGAAGUUUUCGAAAAGUACACAACAAUAUAAAAGACAAACUUCUGAAAUAUUAAUGUAUGUAUUAAAAAUUAAAUGAAGAAAAUAAAAUAUUUGAAUACCAAAAUAUAA